AUGAAAUCAAGAUUUCAAGACCUACUUGAAUUACAAAUCUGUAAUUGGAUUUUAGAUCCAUUUUCGUUUGAAUCUGUGGAAGAUCUCGAACCUCAUUUACAAAUGGAAUUUAUCGAUUUUAAACACGACUGUGAGGCACAACUUGUUUUUAAGCAGGUCGGUUACGAGCUUGCCUGGAUCAAGCUUAAAGACACUUAUCCACAACUAUGGCAACAAGUUAAAUUGUUGCUUCUCUCUUUCCCAUCAACGUAUCUAGUUGAAAAAGGAUUCAGCGUUGUUGUUCAGCUUUUGACGAAACAAAGAAAUCGGUUGGACAUUUGCAACAAAGGUGAUCUACGUUUAGCUUUGACCAAUAUCAAACCAGACAUCGUUAAAUUAGCAGCUACUCAUCAGGCUCAGGGCAGUCAUUGA